AGCGUCUCCCUCGCCCUAACCUCGGCAAGCGUGUGUUUGCAUGUCGAGUCAGCAGCCGCAGCAUCAGCACCCGGAGACGUUAUUGUCAUCAUCUGGAAAACACAUCCUGGUCUUCGUCUUGUCGUUAGUCAGUGCUCCGAGAGGAGAGCGGGGGUCAAACAUGGGCUCCAGCUCCUCCUCCUAUGUCCCCAAAGCUAUUUAUCUGGAUGUGGACGGAAAAGUGCAAAAGGUGGUGUUCAGUCGGCACUGCAGUCCUUGUGACAUUAAGGAACUUCUAUGUUCUUCCUCCAACAUUCCCAGGAACACAGCUAUCAUGAUGGUGGAUCCUGAAGGCGCCUUGGUAUCCAUAGACCCCACCAUGCCCUCCAACUCUCCCAAUGCCUUGUACAAAGUUGUCCCCUUGUCUACUGGCCAACUUGGAGACAAGGAGGACAUGUUUCAGAAUGUGUUGUCCCAGGUGGCUGAGCAGUUCAGCAGAGCAUUUCGCAUCAACGAGCUGAAGACGGAGGUCACCAACAGGCUUGCCAUGCUGGAGAAGAGAGUGGAGUUGGAAGGUCUGAAAGUGGUUGAGAUUGAGAAGUGUAAAAAUGAUCUGAAGAAGCUGCGGGACGAGAUGACAUCGACAGUUGGCGGCAGGGUGAACUGUCCGUGCAAAUACAAUUUUGACGACGGCAAAAAGGUCACUCCGAGACGAGACGUCCCCAACUACCCAAAGUAUACACUGUCCCAGGAGACCAUCGAGGCACUUAAGAAGCCAACGUUUGACGUCUGGCACUGGGAGCACAAUGAGAUGCUGAGCUGUUUGGAGUAUAUGUACCAUGACUUGGGACUGGUGAAAGAAUUCAACAUGAACCCCAUCACGCUCAAACGCUGGCUGUUGGGCAUCCAGGACAACUACCGAAACAACCCAUUCCACAAUUUCCGUCACUGCUUCUGCGUUAGUCAAAUGAUGUACGGCAUGAUCCACCUCUGCAACCUGCAGGAAAAGCUGACUCUCACGGACAUGGGCAUUCUAAUGACAGCUGCAGUGUGUCACGACCUGGACCACCCCGGAUACAACAACACGUACCAAAUCAAUGCCCGCACAGACCUCGCGGUGCGCUACAAUGACAUAUCGCCGCUGGAGAACCAUCACUGCGCCGUGGCUUUCCAGAUCCUUUCCCUUCCCGAGUGCAAUAUCUUUGCAAAUGUGGAUCUUGAGGCUUUUAAGCAGAUUCGCCAGGCUAUAAUCACCCUCAUCCUUGCCACUGACAUGGCCAGACAUGGCGAGAUACUGGACUCCUUCAAGCAGAAAGUGGACAACUUUGACUUCGCCAAUGAAGAGCAUGUGACAUGUCUCAAGAUGGUCUUGAUCAAAUGUUGCGACAUUUCUAACGAAGUGAGGCCCACCGAGGUAGCCGAACCAUGGGUGGACUGCCUACUGGAGGAGUAUUUCAUGCAGAGUGACCGGGAGAAGUCAGAGGGCCUGCCGGUGGCCCCCUUCAUGGACAGAGACAAAGUCACCAAACCGACCGCUCAGAUAGGCUUCAUCAAGUUUGUCCUCAUCCCCAUGUUUGAAACCGUCAUGAAGCUUUUCCCUCAGAUUGAGGAGAUAAUGGUUCAACCUUUGAGGGACUCUCGAGACCACUAUGAGGAGCUGAAGCAGAUAGAUGAUGCCAUGACAGAGGCACAGAAGAAAAAAACUGAAAGUAUGUCAUUAGGCGGGAAGAAGAAGUAAGCUGUGCAGUGAGUGAGUGCAGUGGUAUCUGUGGGUCCUCUUUUGUGUUCAAAUUAAGGAAAGACUUUAAAAAAACUUGAGUGAGGGGUGGACGUCCGGGUGAAGACGCUGCAUCAUGAGGGGGAGCGCAGAGAGACCGCAUGCUCGACUAAACUUAGGCACCGAGGGGGUAUGGCAUCUUCAACUUUGACUUAGACUUUUGUACCGGAGAGGAGACCCCUAGCUGACCCCUUGUCUUGUUUAUUUGUGGGGUUGACGUCGCUAUCUCUCCUUGUUUUUAUGUUUGAGGUUUCAGGGCGUAUGUUAGGGUGCACGUGGCGAAAAUGAUCAUUAUCAGAUUCAACAAAACAUCUUCAAAUACAACAAAUCAUAAUAGAAUGUAAGCAUUUAGCUUCAAAAGUAAUAUCACCUUUUUUUCCCCUCUGCAUUUCUCAGACGGCUUUUUCAAGUCAACCUUCACCAAUAUUCAAAAGCAAUAUUUAAUACCCAAACAAAAUAAACUGCAGUAUACAGUGAGGUACACACUUAUUUGGAGUUUAUUUCAUGCAUUUUGUUUUUAUACACCACCAUGUUUCAAGUGAAAUAAAGCUAUCAACAUUCGAUUCAAGUACUGUGUUUUUCGGACCAUAGGGCGCACCGGCCGAUGAGCGGGUCGAGUCCGGUCUUUUUUCUUACAAAAGGCCUACUGAAAUGCGAUUUUCUUAUUUAAACGGGGAUAGCAGGUCCACUCUAUGUGUCAUAUUUUAUCAUUUUGCCAUAUUUUUGCUGAAAGGAUUUAGUAGAGAACGUUCGCAACUUUUGGUCGCUGAUAAAAAAGCCUUGCCUGUACCGGAAGUAGCAGACGAGUAGCGUGACGUCACAGGUUGUUGAGCUCCUCACAUCUGCACAUUGUUUACAAUCAUGGCCACCAGCAGCGAGAGCGAUUCGGACAGAGAAAGCGAUGAUUUCCCCAUUAAUUUGAGCGAGGAUGAAAGAUUUGUGGAUGAGGAAAGUGAGAGUGAAGGACUAGAGGGCAGUGGGAGCGAUUCAGAUAGGGAAGAUGCUGUGAGAGGCGGGUGGGACCUGAUAUUCAGCUGGGAAUGACUAAAACAGUAAACACAAGACAUAUAU